UCUACUUCCGGGGCGGGGCGGCCGGGGCGGGGCGCGCUGUCUCCCGGCCUGUCUGGAGCUCCGCGGCGGCCCCGGCGGCGGUGGCGGUGGCGGCGGCGCGGCGCAGCAGCAGCCCCGGGAGCGGCAUCAUGAGCGGAUCACAGAACAAUGACACGAAAAGACAAUUUCUGCUGGAGCGACUGCUGGACGCAGUGAAACAGUGCCAGAUCCGCUUUGGAGGGAGAAAAGAGAUCGCCUCGGAUUCUGACAGCAGGGUAACCUGUCUGUGCGCCCAGUUUGAGGCUGUCCUGCAGCAUGGCUUGAAGAGGAGUCGAGGAUUAGCACUAACAGCGGCUGCCCUCAAACAGGCAGCAGGCUUCGCCAGCAAAACUGAAACAGAGCCCGUGUUCUGGUUCUACGUGAAGGAGGUCCUCAACAAGCACGAGCUGCAGCGCUUCUACUCCCUGCGCCACAUCGCCUCUGACGUGGGCCGCGGCCGCGCCUGGCUGCGCUGCGCCCUCAACGAGCACUCCUUGGAGCGCUACCUGCACAUGCUCCUGGCCGACCGCAGCCGGCUCAGCACUUUUUAUGAAGACUGGUCUUUUGUGAUGGAUGAAGAAAGGUCUAGCAUGCUCCCCACCAUGGCAGCUGGUCUGAACUCCAUACUCUUUGCAAUUAACAUCGACAACAAGGAUUUAAAUGGGCAGAGUAAGUUCGCUCCUACCGUCUCGGACCUCUUAAAGGAGUCAACGCAGAAUGUGACCUCCUUGCUGAAGGAAUCCACACAGGGAGUGAGCAGCCUGUUCAGGGAGAUCACGGCGUCCUCUGCUGUCUCCAUCCUCAUCAAGCCUGAGCAGGAGACCGACCCCCUGCCCGUCGUGUCCAAGCACGUCAGUGCUGAUGCCAAAUGUAAAAAGGAGCGGAAGAAGAAAAAGAAGGUGACUAACAUCAUCUCCUUUGAUGAUGAGGAAGACGAGCAGAUCCCUGGUGAUGUUUUUAAAAAGAUACCUGGGCCUGGGGAGAGCUCGGAGGAGAACUCCGAUCGCUCCUCAGUCAAUAUCAUGUCGGCUUUUGAAAGCCCCUUUGGACCAAAUUCCAAUGGAAGUCAGAGCAGCAACUCAUGGAAAAUUGACUCUGUGUCUUUGAACGGGGAGUUUGGGUACCAGAAGCUUGAUGUGAAAAGCAUUGAUGAUGAAGACGUGGAUGAAAACGAGGACGACGUGUACAGGAACACGUCAGGAAGGAAAUGCAUGGGCCGCUCAGAGUCGCCUGAGAAGCCCGUGGAUGGGAGCACCUGCCUUUCCAAGAUGCACAGCUGGGCUCCACUGCAGGUGCUGCAUGGUGACACCGACGUCCUCUUUCCGGUCAGUGGAGUUGGCUCCUACAGCCCCGCAGAUGCCCCCCUUGGAAGCCUGGAGAACGGGACCGGGCCAGAGGACCACCUUCUCCCGGAGCCUGGGCCACGAUACAGUGUGGAAGCCAGUCCUCCAGGCCCGGGAAGUCCUCUGAGCAGCCUGUUACCGCCUGCCUCGGUGCCAGAGUCGAUGACGAUCAGUGAACUGCGACAGGCGAUCGUGGCCAUGAUGAAUAGGAAGGACGAGCUGGAAGAAGAGAACAGAUCACUGCGGAACCUGCUUGAUGGCGAGAUGGAGCACUCGGCUGCGCUCCGGCAAGAGGUCGACACCUUGAAAAGGAAGGUAGCUGAGCAGGAGGAGCGGCACGUCACGAAGAUCCAGGCGUUGGCAAGAGAAAACGAGGUGCUCAAAGUCCAACUGAAAAAGUAUGUAGGAGCUGUCCAGAUGCUGAAAAGAGAAGGUCAGCCGGCUGAAGUUGUACCGAAUCUUUGGAAUGUUGAUGGAGAAGUUACCGUCACUGAGCAGAAGCCGGGAGAAGUCGCUGAGGAACUAGCAAGCUCCUAUGAAAGAAAGCUCAUCGAGGUGGCGGAGAUGCAUGGCGAGCUGAUCGAGUUCAACGAGCGCCUGCACAGGGCCCUGGUGGCCAAGGAAGCCCUGGUGUCCCAGAUGAGGCAGGAGCUCAUCGACCUGCGGGGGCCGGUGCCUGGAGAUUUGAGUCAAACAUCUGAAGACCAGAGUUUGUCGGAUUUUGAAAUAUCAAACCGGGCGCUGAUCAACGUCUGGAUCCCAUCAGUGUUUCUCCGGGGCAAAGCAACGAACGCAUUCCAUGUGUAUCAGGUUUACAUCCGGAUAAAAGAUGACGAGUGGAAUGUCUAUCGACGGUACACAGAGUUCAGGAGUUUGCACCACAAGUUACAGAACAAAUACCCUCAAGUGAGGGCCUACAACUUCCCCCCCAAAAAGGCCAUCGGAAACAAGGACGCCAAGUUCGUGGAGGAACGGAGGAAGCUGCUCCAGAACUACCUACGUAGUGUCAUGAACAAGGUCAUCCAGAUGGUCCCCGAGUUUGCCGCCAGCCCCAAGAAAGAGACGCUGGUUCAGCUCGUGCCCUUCUUCAUUGACAUUACCCCUCCUGGAGAGCCACUGAACAAGAACAGCCGGCCCAAAGUGGCUUCCCGCUUCCCCAAGCUGUCCCGCAGUCACCCCAGGGAGACGCGCAACGUGGAGCCCCAGAGCGGUGACCUCUGACCUCGACAGAAUCCCAGACUCAGACCUAUGUGCCGUGCCAGCUGCCUCCACCCUGGCCCCUCUGCGUCGGACCUGGCCAUGGCAGCUGGCCACUUACACCUUGGAGUGACAACCACAUCCACUUGGUGAACCCCGGAGAGCACACCUUCCCUGCCGGUCACAUGACACCCUCAUUAAACUAUCGGUCUGAGAGCGCAAGGUGGCUCCACACUGGACAGACUCAGGCACUGCUCUCCCAGGGUCUGCCUUCGGCAGCCAGGGGUGGGUGCGGGUCAGGCUCAGAGCCCCGGGUGAGAUGCACAGCUUCGAUGCUCCAUUUGGUCAGAAGGGUCCCUCAGAAACCACCUCUUGACUCUUUCCCACAUGGGAAUUAGAAUGACUGUUACCCUCUUUUUUCUUUUUAAUGUAAUUGCCUGCUACAACCUACAGACAUGUGGGUGGGGGUGGGGCUCUCAUUCCUUUCCAUUUCAUUCUCCACCAGUGGUCAUUAGACACCCUGCUCAUCACCACCGUGGCCAGCAGGAGCGCUGUGGCAUCACUCCCCCAGGGAGGCAGUCCAGUGGCCUUCACGUGAAGGAGCCAUGCGUAAUGCUGAACUGUGGUUCUGGGAGAACCUCCCCUACCUCCCCAUGGUUGGCUUCUAGAAGGACCAGUCCAUGCAGGAAACCUGAGGUCACCCAGGCCCAAAUGCAGCUUGUCAGGCUUGGUGGGACCUCAGUCAUCCGGGCUAACCUGGUAACCCAUGUUGGAGAGCCCUGGGCUGUCCAGGAAGUGGUGGCCUUGGCCUCACGAGCCAAGAGCCUCACGGUUGAGAGAAGGACCCGGCUCCGGAGCCACCGCAGAGGCUCUGCAGGCGGUCAGGCUUUCAUCCUGGCUCCAGGCCUCAUGGAGCCCAGCGUGGCUCUCUGCAAACUCGGACAGCGUCCACUCUGAACAGAUCAUGAUCGUCCCCGAAAGGCCCAGGUUUGCAGUACACCCUCUGCCCGCCGACAUGCUCUCAUUGGGAGCAGGACCCUGUGCCCCCCAAGAUUGACGCCUCCGUUCCUCAUCUCCGAGCAGGCCCCAGGGAAGGCAGAAGCAGGAUGAAGAUAGCCACCCUGGGAUCCUGCCCCAGUGCUCUCACGUCAGACCGCCUCGUGGGACCAGAGCCAUUCAGCCAGUUUUAACAUCCAGAAUCAUGAAAUUGUCUCCCACCCCCCACCCCCCACCCCCAGGCAGAGCCAUCCUUAGCUGCUGAGUAUAGUUAGGGAGAGUUCGCAUUUUCUGGGGGAAUCAUUAAGAAACUAGACAGGAGGUUGUGAAAUAGCCUAUGCAAGAAUAAGUCUGAGCUGAGGAAGACAGAGAUGUCGGGGAGUUUGAUGCUCUAAGUGUGUGUGGAAGAUGGGCAGUGGAAGUCUACCCGUGUCUCUUCCUGGAACGGUUUCAACUCAGAGGAAAACUCUGGGAAGAACCACCUGGAACGUGUCUGCUGUGUGUUCCCCUAUUGGCCAGAAAAAAACUUAUUUGGGGCAAUUAAAUGAAACUAAGAUAAUUUACGCACAGCUCUGCACAGACACAGAGGCGGCCUGCAGAGCUGCUGAGAGAACAUUCGGCCAGGUGAGCAGAGCCAGCCAGCUGUCCUCCGCAGAUGGAAGCAGGGCUGUGUGUGGCCGGGGGCUCUGCUGGCAGCUAGGGGGCUUUAGAGGACCUGAGAGACAGUGUGUCGCAGAAGGGCAGCGGGGCCACAUGUCCGCUCUGUCUGAAUUCCAAGUCCCACAGUGCCGACUGGGCCACCGUGGCUGGCGGCUUUUGACACACAGUCCUCCUCGACUCCAUCAUCAGGGACCGCCUGAAAGCUCCAGCUGCCCGCGUCCCGCCUCCCCGGUUUGGUUUACUCCACAUCAGUCAUUUCGAAGGAGGUCUGGGAUGCAGCCGACAGACUGCCCAGCACCGUCCGUCCCCAGAGCAGCAGCUGCACCCGAGAUGUCUCCUCUUUGUUUAUAUCAGAUGCAGGAUGGGACCACCAACCUCCCAUGUGCCCCCGGGCUGGGGGGCAAGGGGUCCAAUGAGCCAGGCUUUUCUGGCCCCUGACCACAUCUGAGGGUGAAUCUGGCCUGGCCUUCUCCAACCACCCCACCAGGAAGCUUCCUUGACAUUCUGCACGCGGAGUUAAAAAAACAAAGAAAAUGGCACCCAGAGCUACAGCAGCCUGAUGCUCAGAAAACCAGGGACGCACUCAGCCUGUUUAAAAAGGCGAAACUCUGCCCAAUUAUUCAUGGAAAACUUGUCCUGCUCUCCCCAAAUGUGGAUUGGAAAGGCACGUUCCUGGGUGCUACAUGGGAGCCAUCAGGACUGUUGCUGUUUGCACUCCCUUUUUUUGUGAUCAUGCAGAAACCCUGGGAUCAUCUUCAGAAUGAAGAGACGACCCCCCUGAUGUUAGAUACGCUCGUGACAUGCACAUUACGGCAACUCCUCAAAGCCUUAACUUUGGAAUCACGUAGAAUGUUCUAUAAUGAUGGAGUCCAUCCAGCUGCUUAAAAUAUUCCUGCCCUGCUCUCUGGUAGCUGGGGCAGACUUCCUGGAAAAAGAGAACAAAGCGCCCAGGCCCAGGGAGGUCCAGGCUGAGAUUUGGUGCACAAAAUGUCACCCCCUGAGGACGUGUCAUCAUCUGCCUUUCCCCUCGGAUCUAAUUCAGAGGGCUGGCAGUCCUCCUCCCUCCAGCGUCCCCACUCAGGCCCCCAUGACCCACCAGAGGCAAAGAACCCUGCGGAGAGACGCUUAGAGUCACUUCUGUCUUCUUUGUUGCCUCCGAAGCUGGCACCUGGGAACGGAGGCACUCCACCUUCAGAGAGAAACCAAGGGGCUGGCUCUCUCUCGAGGGCCUUGCGCCUCCAGGACCACACCCGUACUGGAAGAGGCCAUCUCAGGCCACUCAACAGAGGCAGGCUGUCCGCUCACGGCCUGCCGGAGCAAGAACAGGACAGAGCAGCAGCAGGGUCCCACUCUGCCAUCAUCUCAUUUCUUUCUUCCUUCUUUUCCCCCAGAUGAAACCAAACCCAGGAAAACAAGGGCUGGGUAGAGAUGCUUUUCCUUUAAAGGGAAAAACGAGAGCUCCCAGGAAGGGCGGUCCAAGGCUGGUGUACGCCUCACCUGGAAGUGGGCCCUCCCAGCCGCUCCUCCUGCAGUCAGCCCGGAGUUCUGGCUCCCGCUCCUGAAAAUCCCAUUCCUGGGCACACGCCGCGCGCGCUACCGUGAGCAAUCACGGAGAGUGGAGAGCGGGGCUGCGGUGAAGACAGCCUUUAACACCCAGUAACCAGGCACGUGCAGGGGCUUCCUGCUUACAAAGGGAGCACCUGAUUGAGUCAUAAAGGCACACGCCAUCUUGUGAGACCUCGCUAGAGGCAGGAACAGAGGAGAGGGAGCUGGGCUAGGGUUUGUGGACAGGUCUGAUGACGGCGCUUGGCUCUGCUCCGCGUGCAGAGCUUAUUAAGAUGAGUUCUUUGAUAACCGCUGAAAUUCUCCCACGGUGACAGGUUGUAUGUUGUCCCUUUAAAAAAGAGAGGCAAUCAAAGCGGUUUACAGCCAUAGGAUUGAUAACAGCUAUAGCUAACACCAGAGGCAACAGGCCCUGCAGGCCCCAUCGUUAAUCCCCAGGUUUCCGGCCCAUUGUCAGGAAAGAGGAAUGAAGACCCCCAGCCCAGUUGAUCAAAAGCCCCACCACUUAUUUCCUAACACGCGGAAGCUGGGCUCUGUGGCAGGGCAAGCCAGUGGCCUCCUUUUUUCUCUUGGUUCUGCACGGUAUAAUUUGCCCACCUGAGAAGCAGGUCACAGGGUUCCAGGCCUCAGCCCCCACCCCACCUGCUCACCUUCACAUGGGGGUACAGCCCAGAGAUGUCAGCCGGCACCCUCACGUGGAGACCAGGCCCUGUGCUCUGGGGUCCCAGCAGGCACCCUCCUUCCCAGGCAGCUCCAGAAUCCACCCUUCAUCCCUCUGCCUGGCCUUUGUCAUGCAGUGAGGCACUCCAUUCCAGAAGCGUCUUCUUGCCUCAGUGUGUAACUCUUGGAGAAGAACAGGCUGGCUUUUCAGCCUGGAGCUGGGGAGGGUAUCCCUGAGGACGACCCUGCCGAGGGCCCCACCUGCCCAUGCCUGGGAGCAUCAGGCCGAGGGGCGCACCUUGUGCUUGAGCUUCAACCCCGAGGCAGCAAUGGUCUUGCCUUUCCUGGGUCUUUCCCUCGGGACAGUGCCCACGCUGGACGUCCUCCCCAGCCUGCAGGCCGGCACUCGGUAGGCAGAGGGCGCUUCCAGCAGGCAGGCAUCUGCUUCUGAGCAAGGUCUUUUGCAAAGAUCAUUUUUCAAAAUAUUGUGCAUUGUUUCAUUAAAGCUAACAUUAAAUAUUUGCUGUUCA